CCCUCAUUAACGUUGACGUUGGGGAGGCCAGAUAUGCAGCUUUCCAACAACGAGCAUGUAUCGCCUUCUCUGGGAUUGAUGGCAAUGGCACGACUCCAGCUUUCAGAUCCGCUCAACGACAUAUCUUACAACAACGAGAAAGCGACCUCUGUGGGAUCCGUGGCAAUGGUACGACUCCAGCUUUCAGAUCCGCUCAACGACAUAUCUUACAACAAUGAGAAAGCGACCUCUGUGGGAUCCGUGGCAAUGGUACGGCUCCAGCUUUCUGAUCAGCUUACAGACACCUCGUAUUGUUAUAGCAAUGAACAAGCUCCUUCUAUGGGAUACGAAAGAGGGGUUUCUCUAUCCGUUAGUGAUGGUUUCAGUUACUAUGCGCAGCCGCCAUCACUCACUGAUGUAGCUGGCCGUGAUGAAUCUUAUUCAGUGGGACCGGGUCCAAUGGAAGUCGACAACAAUUCGGCAUCCAUGUCUGAGAUACCAGAAGUUCACACUAGAAAGACACCAUACAAGAGAAGAAAGACGGAAAUGAGAGUAAUUAGGGCUGGUUCCAUCACUGACGAUGGUUAUGCAUGGAGGAAAUAUGGACAGAAGAUUGUUCUCGGAUCUAUGUUCCAAAGAUGUUAUUUUAGAUGUGCACACAAGUUUACUGCUGGGUGCCAAGCAUUAAAACAGGUUCGGCAGUUGGGAGAUGAACCAAAAGAGUUCGAUAUCAGAUAUUUUGGUCAUCAUACUUGCCCAAAUACUUCUCACCUUGGAGCCUAGAGGAGGACUUGACCAUGAUUGUUACAACUCCAAAAACCACCACAAUUUGCCAAACAGGCCAUCCACUAUUACAAAAAAAGCCACAUUGGCCCCUCUGAGAAACAAGAUGACAUAUCACAUAUCUAACAAGGUUUCAUCAACCACUGGAGCACAAUCAUACCCUGCUUUGGUUUGAAGAGAGAUAUUGCUAGAUGAAUUCAAAGGUUUCAGAACGAUAGAAGUUUAAGUGACAUACGAUUUGAUGAUAUGAUAUUUUCUUAGUUUGGUUUGGUAGGUUGGAUUUAAUUAACUUCAAGGUUAAAGGAUGUAAUAUAUUACUUUUAUUGUA